AUGAACUCCAAUGCUUUUGAAGCUUUAGGGAAGAAAUUAGCAAUAAUCACAGUUAUAGGAUUUGGUGCAUUGUUUGUUGCUAAAAACAAUGUCAAAUCCAAAAAGGCCUCUAAGUUUCAACCAAAUGUAAAAGUUUCAGCUACUGAACAAAACACUGGCGAUUAUUAUUCAAAUUUAGCCAAAAUUAAACCAGGAUUUCCUCUCCCUAAGGAUGAUUCUUCUGAUGCUGGAGGAUCUAAAUAUCAGAGAAAGAGUAAGUAUGAGGGAUCAGGUAAUAGUUAUUUGAGUAGGAAAGGGGGAGAUCGAUUAGGAUUUUUAGAUAGAAGAGAGAACGACUAA